UUGCAGACUAUGCUUUCAAACGAAUUCGAUCAGCAUCCAGGACAAGCCCGAUCCGUGGAAGAAGCAAGAGUUUUUCUUCUCUGCACGUAAUUAGAAAAAAAGGGUGGGGAAAAGGGCUGGAAGUAAGGGCAAGGCACACACACCCACUGCACCCACCCGCAGCGUUACAUCGAAGGACGGACAAGCCGCAAACAGCGAUCAAUCGAUCCCUUGCCGAUCAAAUCUGGAGAAGUUUGGGAGUUAGCAAGCAAGCUGCCGAAAAAAAAUUCUUUCACCUUCCUUCCUAUUAUCAUUUCGCAUUGUUCUUGCAUCCUAUGUCAUGGUGGCAUAUUGCGGGAUUUUGCAGAAUUCUUUUUGGAGUCGUGUGCAGUUUCUUCAAUCGAUGGGGCUCUCUCAGAGGGUUAAGUUAGUGGUUGGUUGGGGGAUUCUGGAGUUGCAGUCUGUAGUACUAGUCGCAGCUGUAUCUGGGAUUGUAGAUGAUGUGCAUGCCAAGGGGAGAAUGUUUGAUUUUGUGAAGGGGUACAGUAGGAACUACGAGUAACUAAGCUUCUGUCUGCCAUGCGAG